CACACGGGAAACGGCUCCUCCCCGCUUCCCUCCUGUCUGCCACGCAAAACUGAGGCAGUGGCGUGGCCACGGCGCUCCUCCUGUACACAGCCUCGGAGACGGAGCCGAGUCGUCUGCUUUGAAUAAACAAGCGCUCCGUUCCGGCAGCUGGUAGUCUGCUCGCUUCCGAACCGACUCAGUGAUGACAGUGGCCGUGGGAAGGGACGGACGCGUUUGUUGUGCGGGGACCGGCGGGACGCAGGAGCGCGCUCCGGUGUUCAGCAUCAUCUACAUCCUCCGCUCCUGAGAACAACCAAAAACCCGAGAGGCGCUCAGACCAGCACCAAACCCGCCGGAAGAGAUGUACUGCGGACUGCCAAUGAUUUUUCCUCCUCCAAUUCAAAUUCAAAAGCAGGGAAAGUCUGCAUUUCUGACUUCUUCUGUUCUCACUGAGCGCCGACAUCUCGUCUGCAGCUAAACCGCUGUCUUAGUUCUCCUUUAUCACACCAGUGUUCACUCAUCCAUUCAUCCCCAUGGCUUCCUUUCUGGUAUCAUUGCUUCUGCUGGUUCUCCAGACGUAUGCUGCCCCAUCUGAGCUCAUUAAGGCAGGCUUUGGUUCAGCCCUGGACAGCAAAGACCCUGAUCCAGUACCACCAGUCAAUGUCUCUGAGGAUUCCACUUCAUCCCCACCACCGGGAACAAGCAAGCGGACCCCACACAGCAUCAUUAUUGGCGUGCGAAAAGGGGGCACCAGAGCGCUGUUGGAGAUGCUUGACAUUCACCCUGAGGUCGCUGUGGCUGCCACUGAGGUUCACUUCUUUGACUGGGAUGAAAACUAUGCUAAGGGUCUGGAGUGGUACCGUGACCUCAUGCCGUACUCUUACCCUCAUCAGAUCACGAUAGAGAAAACUCCGGGUUACUUUACGUCACCUCUCGCACCAGAACGCAUCUGCGCCAUGAACUCGUCUAUAAAACUGCUGCUGAUCUUGAGAGACCCGACCGAGCGGGUGAUCUCUGACUACACCCAGGUGUACUUCAACCGACUGGAGAACCACAAGCCGGUGCAAGCCAUUGAGAACCUCUUGGUACGCAACGGAGCCCUGAACAUCCGCUACAAGGCGAUCCAGAGGAGUCUGUACGACGUUCAUAUGCGCAACUGGCUGAAGCACUUCCCCCUGGAACAGAUACACAUCGUAAACGGGGACGCUUUGAUCCACGACCCCCUGCCAGAGCUUCAGAAGGUGGAGCGAUUCCUGAACCUGCCUCCGAGGAUAGUGUCCUCCAACUUCUACUUCAACCAGACCAAAGGGUUUUACUGCAUCCGGAGUGACGGACGGGAGCGGUGUCUGCACGAGUCUAAGGGACGUCCUCACCCGUCCGUCAACAGCACCGUUCUGCAGCAGCUUCGCUCCUACCUACGGGAACACAACCGGAACUUCUUCAGGAUGGUGAAGCGCACCUUCAGCUGGCAAUAAGAAACCUACGUCACAAACUGGACUCUAUCGAGCCGAGACUAAAUGAGGAAAAGAAACAGCACUUUACACAUACAUGACGGAAGUCCUUUGAGGAACCUCUUAUUGAUUACUUUUGUGAUCUGGUUUCAGCAAAACUGUUCUAUAUUUACACAUUGAAGACAAAAAAAACUGUAAUUACAGACAAAUGUCAAAAGAGAACUUUCAGGUUUAUUUCUUUCUGUGCUGAAAGCAUUUAGCUUGUCAAAUAGCAGUGAAAAUGAGUUAGCUAAACUGAUGAACUUUUGCCCGACUUUCUUGUUUGAUAUUCUUCUUGUUCUUACGAAUAAACUAUUGUUUUAAAACGUACAGGAAAAUGUGUUUUUCCCCCCCCUAUCUUCAUUUCCAAAGUGCCUGAUCUCACCAGCCAGUGCUAUUCAGGAAGCGUGAGAUAUGGGCAGAGGCAUUACAAUAAGCCUUUGAUUUGCUGUGGUGCAAGGUAGACAUUAAUGCAAGGAAAUGGGUACCCUGGAGCAGCACUUUAGUUGUACAGGAAUCACUAAUAGCUUUGGACAUUGAAGGUGGCCUGCGCCCGCAGCUAAAGUCAGAUCUUCACAGUCAGCAAGCUGGAAUCCGCCAGAGCUUCUGUUGCAUUCUGCUGCUGCGUCGCUCAACAAUUUGCACAGGUGUUAAAUGUGGUCGUUAAAUCAUAUGCCCAACAGCCCUGUAAAUUAUUUACAAAUGACACUGUAUCUGCAUUGAUGCUUUUCCUACAUAUUCUCGCUUUCCUGAAUUGCGCAAAGCAUGCAGUUUUCCCAGAAACAGCUUGUCGUCGUCUCCCACAACAAAUAGACAGGGGUCAUGUUUCUUUCAUUGAUUAGACUUUAAACAGCAGCCAAAGCUACAGCUCCACUGGGAUCUGAUAUUCAUGUGAUCUCGCUGCUCUGUCUGCUGGAAUAAGCACUGGUCCCCUCCCGAAGGCAAACAGUCAUUGAUGCUGCACUGAAUCCAUAUCCUGGGCUGAACAUGGGAGGGGGUGUAAAGCCAUGGGCGAUAUAGAAAUGUGCUGAAUAUAAUUACAUUAAGAGUCUAGUUCAGCAGUGUGAUCUGGGGUUUAGGAUUGAAAUUAGUUUGGAAAAUUAUACUGUACGAGUAGACAAAUUUUAGCGUGAUGACAAUUUAAAAAGCUAAAUGUAAUCAUUCUUAAAUAAUCUUGCUCCGGGACUUUUCUCUCAUCUGCUCAACAGGGGGCACUUGAGCCCACUGGUACGUUUUACACAAAAGAUGGCUUCAGACGUGCCUAGUUGUGCUCCCUCCUGUUGUUUCAGAUAAAGGUGAAGGGCCUGGGAGAGUUAUUCUGUGACCUUGGCUGAUAUGUUCUUUGGUAUGUGCAGCCCAGCUGCUCAUCUGGGAGAUAAAGCGACUAGUGGUAUUCCACACACAUUACCGAUCAUUCCCAGGGUGCUAGCGUGGCAACGCUGUGUUUUCUGUUCCCCAGGUGGGUAAGAAAGACAAAAUGCCAUGUUUGGUUUGCACCAGGAGUACGCAGCACACUUUUAGUCCUUUUGAAUUCUCUUUAUAUUGAAGGAGAAGCUGGGUUUGCUUUCUGAGAGGUGCAGCACGCAUGUCAAAUGAUCUGUUGAGUCAAUCAUUUCAGCGAAUCCUAUAAAGUUCAUUGUAUUGUUUGGUUAGAAAUUGUCAUCCACUCAUCAUCGAUGUGCUCAAUUUUAAUUUGGGGCUUUUAAUUGUUCAUUUGAAUCGUCUUAUUUCCAGAAAGAGGCUGAAUAUCCAAAAGAGCAACUUCUCUGACCCAAACUGCCAGAAAAUCAUACAUGCAGAGAUGCAACACUGACACUUUUAUAAAUCCAUCUAUAUAGAAACCAUUUAUACAGUAUGUGACUUUAUAAAGGGUUUUUUAUGGUUUAUUCAACAGAUUCCUGGAUGAUAGCAUGGUAAG